AGAGAGGGACUUUCCCUAGACAGACCUGACCCCCAGCCACAGAGAACACCGUCUGCAGCGAGAGAAGACCAAACUACUGAGCUCUACCUCAGAGAUAUCCAGGAGAGACCAGAACUAAAGACUCAGGACUAGGACCCAGACAUCCAGGACCCAACACCUAGGACCCAGGGCUCUUUAACUAGGCCCAGGACUCUGACCCAAACCCAACACCCAGACCCAGGACUAGACCCAGACAUCCAGGAUCCUACACCUAGGACCCAGGGCUCUUUAACUAGGCCCAGGACUCUGACCCAGACAUCCAACCCCAGAACCAGGGAGAGACCAGGGUACUCUGACCCAUAAAGGAUCUAGGAGCGGGUUUUGUUACACAGGAACUCUCCAUACCCAGCCAUGCCUGCCCCUGGAGGAACAGAUCCUAAGGGGGAGGAUUUCUCCACUGCUAUCCUGAAGCAGAAACACAGACCCAAUAGACUGGUGGUGGAUGAAGCCCACAAUGAAGACAACAGCAUCGUCAGCCUCUCACAGGCGAAGACAGAGGAGCUGCAGUUGUUCCGUGGCGACACAGUGGUCCUGCGGGGCAGGAAGCGGCGUGAGACGGUGUGUAUCGUGUUGACAGACGACACCUGUCCAGACGAACGCGUCCGCAUGAACCGCGUCACACGCAACAACCUGAGGGUACGCCUCGGUGAUGUCAUCAGUGUCCAUGCAUGCCCAGAUGUGAAGUACGGCGUGCGUAUCCAUGUCCUGCCGAUAGAUGACACCAUCGAAGGGUUAACGGGAAACCUGUUCGACGUCUUCCUGAAACCCUAUUUCUUGGAAGCCUAUCGACCUGUACACAAAGGCGACAUCUUCCUGGUGCGAGGGGGCAUGCGGGCUGUGGAGUUCAAGGUGGUGGAGACAGACCCCGCCCCCCACUGCAUCGUCGCCCCGGACACCGUCAUCCACUGCGAGGGACAGCCAAUCAACAGAGAGGACGAGGAGGAGAGUCUGACUGACGUAGGCUAUGAUGACAUUGGAGGUUGUCGUAAACAGUUAGCUCAAAUCAAAGAAAUGGUGGAGCUUCCCCUCAGACAUCCUGGACUAUUCAAGGCUAUAGGAGUCAAGCCCCCCAGGGGUAUUCUGCUGUAUGGACCUCCAGGUACAGGGAAGACACUGGUCGCCCGGGCCGUCGCCAACGAGACUGGAGCAUUCUUCUUCCUCAUCAAUGGUCCUGAGAUCAUGAGUAAGAUGGCCGGGGAGUCAGAGAGCAACCUGAGGAAAGCCUUCGAGGAGGCAGAGAAAAACUCUCCCGCCAUUAUUUUCAUAGACGAACUGGAUUCUAUCGCUCCUAAGAGAGAGAAGACCCAUGGGGAGGUGGAGAGGCGUAUCGUAUCACAGCUCCUCACCCUGAUGGAUGGACUCAAGCAGAGAACUCACGUUAUCGUCAUGGCAGCCACCAACAGACCCAACAGCAUCGACCCUGCCCUGAGACGCUUCGGCAGGUUUGACAAAGAGAUCGACAUCGGCAUCCCAGACUCCACUGGUAGACUGGAGAUACUGCAGAUUCACACCAAGAACAUGAAGCUAUCUGACGACGUGGACCUGGAGAGGUACCCAGUGGAGUACCCAGAUAAGUUCCUGAAGUUCGGUAUGACCCCGUCACGAGGAGUGUUAUUCUAUGGACCCCCAGGCUGUGGAAAGACCCUGCUAGCCAAGGCGAUUGCUAACGAGUGCCAGGCCAACUUCAUCUCCAUCAAGGGACCUGAGCUGCUCACCAUGUGGUUCGGCGAGUCAGAGGCUAAUGUCAGGGACGUCUUCGACAAGGCCAGACAGGCGGCCCCCUGCAUCCUGUUCUUUGACGAGCUGGACUCCAUUGCCAAGUCCAGAGGGGGCGGAGCCGGGGACGCAGGGGGCGCGGCCGACAGGGUCAUCAACCAGAUCCUCACGGAGAUGGACGGAAUGUCCAACAAGAAGAACGUCUUUAUUAUAGGAGCUACCAACAGACCUGAUAUAAUAGACUCUGCUAUCCUCCGUCCAGGGAGGCUGGAUCAGCUCAUCUACAUCCCUCUACCAGACACAGCCUCCCGUACCGCCAUCCUCAACGCAAACCUACGCAAGUCCCCCAUCGCCAGAGAUGUAGACCUGGCCUACCUGUCUGGUAUCACCCAGGGUUUCAGUGGGGCAGACCUGACAGAGAUCUGCCAGAGGGCCUGUAAGCUGGCCAUCAGAGAGGCCAUAGAGGCUGAGAUCAAAGCAGAGCGCCAGAGACAGACCCACCCAGGCACCGCCAUGGAUGAGGACUGUGACCCUGUUCCAGAGAUCAGGAAGGAUCACUUUGAAGAGGCCAUGAGGUUCGCCCGGCGCUCCGUCAGCGACAACGAUAUCAGGAAGUAUGAGAUGUUCGCCCAGACACUACAGCAGAGCAGAGGCUUUGGGAACUUCAGGUUCCCCUCUGGCUCUCAGUCCGGAGGUCAAGGGUCGGGGUCAGGGGGGCAGUUCAGAGACGAGGUAGAGGACGACCUCUACCAGUGAGAAGACUAUCACCUCUAUCACACCUGCCUGCAUAUGAUGUGGAACUCUGGAUCAAUUAGACUGUUGUGGGAAUCAAAUACGGACAGAAUAACUUUUAACAGCACAUAACGUUUGUGCUUCUCAGCUUAUCGGUGUAGUCUUAGAUGUUUCUCAUAAUAACUGAUACAUUAUAAUAACUGAUACAUCAUAAUAACUGAUACAUUAUAAUAACUGAUACAUCAUAAUAACUGAUACAUUAUAAUAACUGAUACAUCAUAAUAACUGGUACAUCAUAAUAACUGAUACAUCAUAAUAACUGGUACAUUAUAAUAACUGAUACAUCAUAAUAACUGAUACAUCAUAAUAACUGAUACAUUAUAAUAACUGAUACAUCAUAAUAACUGGUACAUCAUAAUAACUGAUACAUCAUAAUAACUGGUACAUUAUAAUAACUGAUACAUCAUAAUAACUGGUACAUUAUAAUAACGGGUACAUUAUAAUAACUGGUACAUCAUAAUAACUGAUACAUCAUAAUAACUGGUACAUUAUAAUAACUGGUACAUUAUAAUAACUGGUACAUUAUAAUAACUGGUACAUCAUAAUAACUGAUACAUCAUAAUAACUGGUGCAUCAUAACUGAUACAUCAUAAUAACUGAUACAUCAUAAUAACUGAUACAUUAUAAUAACUGGUACAUUAUAAUAACUGGUACAUCAUAAUAACUGAUACAUCAUAAUAACUGGUACAUUAUAAUAACUGGUACAUCAUAAUAACUGAUACAUCAUAAUAACUGGUACAUUAUAAUAACUGGUACAUCAUAAUAACUGAUACAUCAUAAUAACUGAUACAUUAUAAUAACUGGUACAUUAUAAUAACUGGUACAUUAUAAUAACUGGUACAUCAUAAUAACUGGUACAUCAUAAUAACUGGUACAUUUGAGGAAAUUAGAGUAUGUUUUGUUUUUUCUUGGAAGAAUCAUUUGUCAAAUCUGGAUGGUCAAAGUACAAUGAAUAUAACUGUGAAUGAGGAUUGUUGUUCUUGUCGUGUUUGAGCUGAUCAUCAUGGAAGGAAUGCUGAUUCAAAUCUGAAAUGUAAUAAACUGAGUGUUUUCCUUGUUUGUUUGUGUUUUACUAAUAAAACUACUGUCACAUAA